ACGCCGCGGCGAGGCAGCGGGCGCUCGGGGCUCGCAGAUAGCGGGUGACUGGCACCGCCGCCGCCCGCGCUCCCAGCCCUCUCCGCGUCUCCUCAUUUGCGUGUCUCUACCUUCGUGCCCGGGAGCGGCCAAUCGGCGUGUGCAGCAGCGGCCGCCGCCGUCGCUCACCUGCUGCGGCCGCGCCCGCCUGCCGGCGAGGGGCGGGGUGGCGGCUCCUGCUGCGCGGUACCGAGCGGCGGCGCGAUGGUGUGCGGGGGCUUCGCGUGCUCCAAGAACUGCCUCUGCGCCCUCAACCUGCUCUACACGCUGGUAAGCCUGCUGCUGAUUGGAAUUGCGGCAUGGGGAAUUGGCUUCGGCCUCAUCUCUAGCUUCAGAGUUGUUGGAGUGGCAAUUGCAGUAGGAAUCUUCCUCUUCCUUAUUGCCUUAGUUGGAUUGAUCGGUGCGGUGAAACAUCAUCAAGUACUGCUGUUCUUUUACAUGAUUAUUCUUUUGCUAGUCUUUAUUGUCCAGUUUUCUGUCUCCUGUGCCUGUUUGGCACUAAACAAGGAACAGCAGAGUCAACUUCUAGAGGUGGGAUGGAAUAACACUAACAGUGCGAGAACAGAUAUUGAGAGAAAUCUGAAUUGUUGUGGAUUCAGAGUUUUUGAUCAGAAUGAAACCUGCUCCUCUGAUUGUUUUAAAAGUCGCCAGUGUCAACCAUGUGCACCGAUAAUAGAAGAAUAUUCUGGAAUGGUGCUGACAUUUGUUGGAGGCAUAGGACUUUUCUUCAGUUUCACAGAGAUUCUGGGAGUCUGGCUGACUUAUAGAUACAGGAACCAAAAGGAUCCUCGUGCAAACCCUAGUGCAUUUCUUUGAGUUUAUAAAUGACUGAAUCUUGUCUCUGCACCCUCUGCUUCAAAAUGCAGAUUCUCUGUAGUUUGAUAUUUGUCCAUAAUAGGGAUUCUACAUGUACCCAAAAUAAAACGUUACGAGAAAUUUGUAGUUUUCGUAUUUAAUUUCCCACUAUUUUUCUUCUGAGAAUCUGUCUUGAAGUAGACCGGUGUAUUUAGUAGCUGGGCAGAGUCAAACUGCUGCUCUGAGCUUGUUAAAUAACUCUGGUAAGACUUUGGUAAUUGAUGUGGUGAACUCUACAUAGUGGGUUUUAUAGCACUACUGGUAUCCAAAAAAAGCCACAAGUAUUUUCUGCUGUAUUCAUUGAUUACAAAAAAUUCACAGUUGCUCAUUAAAAUGAUGAAAAUACA